UGACUAUUCUAAAAAAUUAUGAUAGUUCAUUCUAUAUUUUAACUACAGAUGAAACCAGAGAAGAAAUUAUAUUCAAAGAAUGCCUCAGGAGAGCUUAAUCACAGUAGUGAGACAAGAAAGUAUCACAGCUUUUUGAAUCAGAAACUUGAAUCUAAUUUAAGCACUUCAGAUGAUAUAAACUUACUUUUUAGUAUGUAUUAUGAUACUGAAAGCAAGUACAAACCUCAAGAAGCAUCAGUCAGAAUGCUAAAAACUCGAGAGAAUUCAAAGCAAAACCUUGAUAAGCAUCUAGGACUUUAUGUUAUGAAUAGCACAAGAAGUCAAGACACUGAUCAAAUUGAAAAGGACUUGCUACCAAAGUUGGGUAUGAACCCUCCAAUUUUGAGGAAAAAGUCAGGCUAUAUCUCUCAGAAGUACAUUCGCAAGAGAGUUCAGGAGCAAUCUCAAGAACUCCUGAAGAACCCUUCAAUGCUUAUUACAAAAUGCAAAUAAAAAUAAAAGAGAAAAAACAACCAAUAACCAGAAACCCCCACCAGCUAAGAACAGCUUCAAGAAUGCAUUGAUCAAAACAGAAGAUUGGUCUCUUGUGAAAGAGUUCACUUAUGCUCCAAUAAGACCCAAAGAAAUCUUGAUGGGGAGGUCAGACUCAAAGAUGAUGAUUCAAGACCCAAGUCUUGACAAAGAUUUAGAAAUUGCUCACAUUAAUUAUGCUUGCACAGGCAGAGGAGAUAGACGUUAUAACCUGAAUUCAGUCAGGAACAUUAAUACAAAGCUGGAUGAGUCAUCCAAGCCAAAGAAUAAAAUGCUUAAGGACAACAUCUUCUUUAAUUUGGAGGCAGUUGAAAACGAUUUUACAAGAAAGACGUUCAGUAAGGAAUUGCAAGUCAUCAAAUGUAUCGAUCAAAAGUUAAAGAAGAAGUCGAAGAUUCAUAAAUGGAAGAUUGAUUUUAAGGACAGACUAAAUAGGGGUUCUGAUCUAAAUAGAAAACGGUCGAGAUAUGAGAUAAACAAUCUGAAUAAAGCUCUAGUCAAUAAGAUAAAAACAACAAAGGCUGAGAAAACUUUAAAAACAUUCAACAGGAUACACAAUAGUGUAGAUGAGGGAGUAAAACUAAAGAAAUCAAUAUUCGAAGGCGUUUGAAAAGAAUAUAAUAACUCUUUUGCUACUAAUUGGAUCGAAAAGAACAGAAAAAGGUUUGAAGUUAAGAAAGACAAUCUAACAACUGAUGAGAAAUACAAAGCAAUGCCAAAGCAAAAGGUAACUCCGCCUUAAUUUUAGAUUGUGAAUGGAUAUCGUUCAAUUUUGAAAUCACUGAAUCUGAAAUCAAGAGGAGGCCCUGAAAAGCUAUACAAAAGAAUUAUUGAGGAUAACAAUGAAGUUUCUCCAGAAUCUUCUCCAAAAAUUCAGAAAGUAUUUGACCAAGCUUUGCUUAAUCGAGAAAAAUGGAAAUCAACUUUUGGACAUAAAUUGCAUUGGUUUGAUAAAGUUG